UUGACCGCUAUAAAUACCGUCGCCACACUGGAGCUUGUCACAUCUCGCCAGCCGACUUCAACCAGAGCAACAUGACUCCGUUGGCACUGCUGGUCCUGGUCGGCGCGGCGGUCGCCGGGGGCGCCCCGGGCUCCGUCUCUGCUCCCGUCGGCGGACCUGGUUUGCUCGGGAUCUUGGGCCGGCUGCCCGGAGCCGAGGUCAAUCCAUGGAUUUCCGCGGCUAACUCAAGCGCCGGAGAGCGCGUCUCAUCAGGCCCCCAGGUGCUCAACCCGAAAAAAGGCAGCGUCAACAACGGAAAAGGCAGUUCCGCUUACGAAUACGCGACCGCCAGCGGCAUCAGAACGGGUGAGAUCGGAGUCCGGAAGCAAGCUGGCGUACCCGGAGCCGUAGCCGAAGUGGGUCACGGUUCCUACACCUACACCGUCGACGAGAACGGCUUCCAACCGCAGGGCGCCCAAGAGCCCACCCGGCCAUCCAUCCCGGAGGCCAUCCUCAGGUCCCCGAAGCAGAAUGCCACUGAGGUCUCGGCGGCCGCGCGCUACCAAGGAGUCGGCACUUCCAGAGCCACAUAUGGUGCGUCCAGGGCCGGUUUCCCCGGCGGAUAUGGUGCGUCCGAAGGCGGUAUUUUAGGCGGAUAUGGUGGGCCCGGAGGCGGUUUCCCCGGCGGAUACGGUGGGUCCGGAGGCGGUAUUUUCGGCGGAUAUGGUGUGUCCGAAGGUGGUAUUUUCGGCGGAUAUGGUGGGCCCGGAGGCGGUUUCCCCGGCGGAUACGGUGGGUCAGGAGGCGGUUUCGGAGGCGAAUAUGGUGCGUCCGAAGGCGGUAUUUUCGGCGGAUAUGGUGGGCCCAGAGGCGGUUUCCCCGGCGGAUACGGUGGGUCCGGAGGUGGUUUCGGAGGCGUAUAUGGUGCGUCCGAAGGCGGUAUUUUCGGCGGAUAUGGUGGGCCCAGAGGCGGUUCCCCCGGCGGAUACGGUGGGUCAGGAGGCGGUUUCGGAGGCGUAUAUGGUGCGUCCGAAGGCGGUAUUUUCGGCGGAUAUGGUGGGCCCGGAGGCGGUUCCCCCGGCGGAUACGGUGGGUCAGGAGACGGUUUCGGAGGCGUAUAUGGUGCGUCCGAAGGCGGUAUUUUCGGCGGAUAUGGUGGGCCCGGAGGCGGCUUCCCCGGUGGAUAUAGUGCGUCCGGAGCCGGUUUACCCGGAGCUUAAGGCGAUCCGCUGCUUUCCUUCAAGCGGCCCGGCUUCAGCGCCAAGACCAGCUAAUCUCGUACCCCUAACCUGGCAAAUAAAGAAACCGACACCACAUAUGAAGUUGUUGUUUUUCGCAAAUUAAAAGCUCAGUAUUUUUUCUCUUUUCUCGCUGUCAAUCGUCUCAUUUAUAACCUCUUUGUAUGCUACACCCACAUGUUCAGUGACGCGAUGUCUGUCUGGUACGGCGAUGGGUACAACACAUUUAUUGUAUUCUCACCCCGAAAUUUGAACUGUCGCAUAAUACUAGCGUGAUUUCGAGAAAGUUCAGGUUUUUUUUAUUUUCUGCUUAUCCUUUUUACUAGAUAACUUCUAUAUAUAUAUAUAUAUAUAUAUAUAUAUAUAUAUGUGUGUGUGUGUGUGUGUAUAUAUAUAUCAACUGGUAGAUAAGGACAGAGAUUGUUCUCAUCCUGUACUCCACUCAGCUAAAACUUUCCUGGCACCUCUGCACAGACUUUGCUUGAGCGCGCGAUGCUUCAGUAUUUUAGUUCUGGUUGGUCGGGACGUGACAGUGUCGUUUGGAAUCAAAUCUCGGGCGGAUAAAAUUAUUUCAGUAGCCUUCAAUGACGAAUGAAACGAUCACGUUUCAACUAGUUACUAUUAUGUGGGUCACAAUCCGUGAAUUCACUGUAAGUGACCCUGAUGUCCCAAAAGUCAUUAGUAACGCUGUUUAUUUGUACAUGUAGUUUUUCUUAAUUUUAAACAACAAUUCCGUUGAUCAAAGCAUCGUAUGGGAAAACUACAUCUUACUAACAUGUUAUAAUUGUAUGUUACAUGAUAUAUUCGUUAGGAUAUUUUUUGUUGUUUUUCAAAGGUUUGGUAUAUUAUGUUUUCCUUUUAUGGAAAUUAAGAUAAACCAUGGUCAGCGGUCUCUAAACCAGCAUCAGAAAACUUCGCAUACUUCUUGCCUGGUGUAAGGCUCAUUACUGUAUUUCGCUCUGGAUCUGAAAAUAAACAAUAAACGUUUCUGUGUAAAAAAAAUUGCAUUACAAAAUUGCCGUUAAAUACCUGAAAAAUUCGUAGAGAAAACGCAUACAUCAAUAAUUCAACCAUUUCCUUAGUUUACAUGUUAUAAGAGUCUGAAUAUUCAAAGGCUUAUUCGUAAUGCAAAAAUAGAACGGGAUUAAAAUCAUGAAGUGCUUUGCCAUUGUUUAUUGAAUUCCUCUUAUAAAUAAUUCUACGGAAAAUUCAAGAUGAUUAUAACAUCCAACAGAAUGAAUGAUACUAAUAAAAACUAAUAUUGUAAAUAGCCUGUAGCAAUCGAAGUCUGAAUGGUUUCUGUGUUGUGUUACACAGAUUUACAGUUAUCUUUCAUGUUUCAUUGAACUAAAUGUCUAUUUCUUAGAAUGUUUAUAUAUUCAAUUUAAUUGUAUAUUAUUAUUGUCAUUUUACUUAUAUUAUAAAUGUUAUUGUACUAUGUGUGAAAUGAAAUAAAUAUAUUUACAAUUUAUGCUAAA